CCCUCUCUCUCCCUUCUAUCACUUUUAGGUUUUUCGGUAAUCAGAAAGCUUCAGAACCAGUAGUAAUGGAAGUGAUGUCGAAGUUGAAUCCAAAUGCGCCAUUGUUUGUGCCGUCGGCGUAUCGAGCUGUGGAAGACUUUUCCGAUCAAUGGUGGGAGCUGGUUCAGUCGACCGGGUGGUUCAGGGAUUAUUGGUUGCAGGAAUGCUUCCAAGAUCCCCAAUCGGAGCUCGAUUUCGAACAAGAUCAAAUUGACGAGGCUGAUCUCCCAGAAAUCGAAGCACUCUUCGACGGCUACGACAAACAAGAAGAGAAGGAUUCGCAGAGAGAUAUAGUGACUCUGGCGGGGUUGAAAUGGAGGAAUUCAAGAAGGUUAGCGGAAGCUCCAAGGUACGCACAGAAGGUCCCUGGGUUUGUGAACGUGAAGAUGUUUCCUCGCCCGAUUCAGCAGCCCCGGUAGAGAGAUCUGAGUUACUUUGAUGUACAGAUUACUGAAGAUUUAGGGUUGGUUUGUAUUUGAUUUCUUUGUUUGUUUGUUUACUCGCUUGUGCAUCGAUCAUCGUUUGCUAACUUGUAGAUCCAGACAAGUCUCUACUUUGUACUCGUUUGUAGUUAAAAUUAAGGAAAGAAAAAACAAUUAUGAAGAA